AUGGUCGCGAACCCACCCCACUUUACGCUCUCGGCCGCGAUCCGACCCAACAUCCUCGCGUUGACGCCCUACCGUUGUGCCCGCGACGACUACAGCGAGGGAAUCCUUCUCGAUGCCAACGAGAACUCGCUCGGUCAUUCCCUAUCUUCCACCGCUUCCUCCCCGAAUCAGCCCCAGCAAGAAGAUCCGACCGAGCAAUUCGACGCUCUCGACCUCCACCGCUACCCCUCCCCUACGCACAUCCCCAUCAAACAACGUCUCUGCCACCUCCGCAACGUCCCUUCAACGGACCACAUCUUCCUCGGCGUCGGAUCGGACGAGGUCAUCGACUUGUUGAUCCGAAUCACGUGCGCUCCGCAAAAGGAUCGGAUCUUGAUUUGUCCGCCUACGUACGGGAUGUAUGCGGUCUGCGCUCAGAUCAACGAUGUCGACGUCAUCAAGGUGCCUUUGGAGUGUGAACGAGGCAGAUUCCAACUGGACGUCGAAAAGGUCCGUUUUUCGCACUCCAUCCCCCUUCCUCCUUUGUCCUCUUUUGCGCAUUUUUUGACUCGCACCAGAACUUUUUGAACCCACAGAUCAACUCGACCAUCACCUCCGCCGCGUCGACUCCGAACCCGAUCAAGCUCGUCUUCAUCUGUUCGCCCGGAAACCCGACCGGAACCCUGAUCCCCCUCCCCGCGAUCCGUUCGAUCCUCGACAACCCGCAUUUCACCGGCCUCGUCGUCGUCGACGAAGCCUACAUCGAUUUCUGUCCGUCCCCUUCGACCGACUCGGCGGUCUCACUCGCCACGUCCCAAGAAGGGGCCUACGAUAACCUAGUCGUGAUGCAGACCCUCUCGAAAGGGUUCGGGUUGGCCGCAAUUCGUCUGGGCGUCGCUUACGGCUCUAAAGAGGUCAUCCAGGUGUUGAACAACAUCAAGGCGCCUUACAACGUCUCGACACCGACCGCAGCGUUGGCUCUGAGGGCUUUAUCCGAACCAGCGCUCGAAACGUUUCGGAACAAGAUCGCCACCCUCGGUGCGAAUCGGGAAUUCCUCGCAAAGGAACUCGUUAAACUCCCUCCAGUCGUCGGCCUCUUGGGUUCGGGGAACGCAAAUUUCCUCAUGGUUCAAAUCGCCUCUUCUCAAGAUCAGACGAAGGUCGAUAAUGAUCGAGCCAAGAGGAUUUAUACGUUCAUGGCCGAGCAAGAGGCGGUGGUGGUUAGGUUCAGAGGGAAUGAGAUUGGGUGUGAGGGGUGUUUGAGGGUCACGAUCGGGACGAGGGAGGAGUGUGAGACAGUGCUGGACAAGUUGAAGAAGGCUUUCGAGGUAACCAAGUAG